CGAGCAUCUACCACCUGUAAGUCGACAAAUAGGGCGUCCAUAUAGCGAAAGCAGGUGACACGUUACCAGUAAAAGAUCCGUCUGUAGGUAUGAUUGCCUGUAUAUUGACGAGUUAAAACGGGAUACCUAAUAACUCAUACAUGGGCACAUAUACAGUAGGUGGUGUAUUCUGGUUAUAUAUAUCACUUGUGUCUGCGACCAAACUUGUAUUUGUCGUACUCAGUUGGCACCAGGCCACAUAACCGUAGAUAUCUCGGCGCAUAUAGUGAUGAUCUAGUAUCCAUCUGUUCCAUACAUAUAUCAACAUAGGGCUCUAAGGUAAUCUGAAUCGCUCUAUAAGUCCAUUACACUACUAUGUACGUGGGCAUGAACACAGUACAUACGGGAUAUGGUGCGAUAAGGAUGCGUUUCCAGUUUGAGCUGUCACAGUGCCUAGUAAAGCUCCCCAUGUGCGUGCAUCGCCGCGUUCUAGGUUCACUAGGAAGUUACAGACGCAGCUCACACGCAAGUUGCAGAAAGUUACAUCGUUCCCAUAAGGUAUCAGGUGGGAUGUAUAAUGGAUCAGCUGCGUGCAGACAUGCGUGUAGAUUUACUAGAGAAAAGUGUAGCUACAGCGAGCAAUGGGUUCAUACACGGGGAUGCACUUCAACAGGAGGCUCAAAGACUCUCCGCAGAUAUCACAGCACCCCACCUGGGCGCAUUGCAGAAUCGACACACACACGUGGCUACGCAUCAAAGUGACAUCAUACGCCCUAGUCGGCGGAGGGUGAGGCUACCAGAGCUUUGGCGACAGGCCGAAGAAUCACAGAACUACACGGACGUGUGUGCGCAUGUGGAUGAGCUGUUGCAGCGAGAGACACUGCUGUGCAAGGACGGUCUUCUGGCUAUGCAGGUGUACAAGAACACUGGCGAGCCAGAGAAGUGCGAGAGAGUGCUGGAGUAUCUCCGCAAACGUAAUACCAAGCUAACCAGUCAACACUACAAUGUGGUGAUGGCGAGCCUCGGCGAGGCUGGGGACUAUAACCGAGCAAACGAGUACUAUAGGGAGAUGGACAAGGCUGGUGUGGCUAUCACGAGCAGGACGCAUAACGCCAUGAUGACGGCGUAUAAGCAAGGGGACCAGUGGAAAGAUGGCCUUAAAUUAUUCAGAAGGCUGCAGAAGAAACAAGUCCCUCUGGACUACGAUGCGUACAUGUGUGCGCUAGCUCUGUGUUCCAAAGACGGGCAGUGGAGAGAUGCCCUGAAGUGGUUGCAGGAGGCUCGGAUCAGGGGUCUGUCGUGCAAUACAGGUAUGUAUAACAACACACUGGCAGCAUGCUCCAAAGCAGGUAUCGCAAACCCUGCAGUGAAGCUAUACUGGGAGAUGGAGAAUAUGGGUAUCGCACGCGAUGUGAAUACGUACAGUAUAAUUCUUGGUGCGUGUGCGAAGGACAAGAAAGGGAAAGGUAAUACGGCUGUAAGUAUACUGAAGAAGCUGCUCUCAAGCAAUAUCGUUCCUACCACCAAGAUAUAUAACAAGACGAUCUCUGCGUGCGCAGCCGACGGGCAAUGGGCGAAGACUGUUGAGCUGCUGCAGGAGAUGCACCUGCGGGGUGUGGCAUGCGACACCUUCUCGUACAGUAAAGUUAUCUCUGCUUGUGCGAAGGCCGGCAAAAUGGACACAGCCUUACAUCUAUUGCGCGACAUGGAGGCUAAGCAUGUGGCUAGGGAUAGCACCACAUACAACGGAGUUAUUCAGGCAUAUUCCAAGAACGGCGACUGGACGAGUGCGCUAAGCAUGCUGCGUGAGAUGCUUCGCCUGGAUAUCGCCGGUGAGACUGUCUCCUACAACCGGACGAUCUCUGCGUGUGCCAAAGCUGGGCAACAUAUUCCGGCUCUGGAUCUGCUGCGGACUAUGCGGGCUGGCGACGUGGCCAUCGACAAGUACACGCUCAGUCAAGUGCUACUCGCAUGUAUGAAGUACGCGGAGUGGACGCAUGCCCUGAUUGUCUUGCGCGAGGCUCCGCAGAUGGGCGUGGCGCGCGAUACCGUUUUAUACAACAACGCAAUAACUGUAUGUGCGAAUGCCGGCGAGUGGGGAGAGGCUCUGAAGUUGUUACAGGAAAUGUCAACGGAAGGCGUUGCCUGUGAUACAGUCACCUACACCCAGGCCAUUGCCGCGUGUGCCAAAGGCGACCAGUGUGACAAGGCCAUACACUUGCUGCGGGAAAUGGCCGACAGAGAUAUCGGAUACAGCACCGAGGUGUACAAUGCAGCCAUCACCGCAUGCCACGGGCGCGGACGAUGGGGAGACGCACUCAAGCUACUGCGUGAGAUGCAGAGCCAGGCGUUGGUAUGCAACACAGCCACAUACAACAGCGCGAUCGCUGCGUGCAAGACGGACGGGGUGUGGGAGGAGGCUCGUUCCUUGUUGCGUGAGAUGGGUGAAAAGAACGUCGCUUGUGACCUGCACACUUACCGGGGUGUAAUCACCGCGUGUGUGACGGCCGGUGCAUGGCAAGCGGCGCUAGCGUUGCUGGCGGAAAUGCCGGAGAAAGGGAUACAAACCGACACUUACACCUACACAAGCGCCAUCAGCUCGUGUGUAGCAGACGGGCAGUGGGAAGUGGCCUUGGAUCUAUUUAAUCGUAUGGACAUGGAGGGUAUAGAGAAAAAUUCGGCGGCGUACAAUGCUGUGAUUGAGGUUCUGGGCAAGCAAAGUAGCCUCGCAGGCAGAAUCGAUGUGUUGUACGAUGAGAUGGUCGUAUUGUUGCCAGAGUAUGUGACAAAAUGGGACAAUCUGUGGGAAAAUGGACUGUUAGAUUUGCACAACCACUCAGCGCAUGUCGCGCAGGCUGCGGUGAGACGUCUGCUGCGACUGAUGAGUGCGCAGCGGCAGCAGCACGCAGCGGGCGAUAAAAGUGGACUAGUGCCGAGUGACUGUGGAUCAAAUAGCACGAAUGUAGGUGUGACCAGAUUGUGUGACCAGAGGAGUAGUGGGCCGGUAUUGAAUGGCAGUAGGCCAGGUGGACUAGUGUUGCGAGCCAUUGUGGUAGGUAAAGGGAACAACAGCGUGGACGGUCGGGUGGUACUGCCUGCGGUCCAAGCCCUAUUGGGGGAUCUAAAACCGCCUAUAUCUUCUCGUUUGAGUGUUGAGAAUGACGGGGAAUUGUUUUUGGAUGAGAGUGACCUGGACAAAUGGUUGGAAGCUAGUCAACAUUGUGGGGACGUGCGUAGUACAGACAAGCCUGAGCUUUUGGCCAGCACGGAGAGGAGCGAUAGGUCAGGUGAUGGGGCGAAAGCGGUGUACAGAGUGUGCUGGGAGGCAGUUGAGGAUGGUUUAGCACUAAAGAUGGGAUUGGGACGGGCUAGUGGUGAAAUAGAGAGAUUCAUGCAGCGAUUUAAAAUACUGUUUGGGCUGAAUGAGGGAGAACCAUGA